GUUGUCCUCCUAGUCUUCAGUUGUUAAACUUUUCUCAGCGGCUAACGGUCACUUCUUUAACCAAGUAAAGUUUUAAUAAAUACAUAUAUAAAUAAAAUAAAUAUUCGUUGAUAUCAUCAAAGAGAAAUCAAGAUACAAUGCAGAUCUUCGUAAAGACAUUGACCGGCAAGACGAUCACCUUAGAAGUUGAGGCUUCUGAUACAAUUGAAAACGUGAAGGCGAAAAUUCAGGACAAGGAGGGAAUCCCCCCAGAUCAGCAGAGAUUGAUCUUCGCCGGAAAGCAGUUGGAGGACGGACGUACUUUGUCUGACUACAACAUCCAAAAGGAGUCUACUCUUCACUUGGUGCUUCGUCUUAGAGGAGGCAUGCAGAUCUUUGUCAAGACUUUGACUGGAAAGACCAUCACUUUGGAAGUUGAAGCUUCUGACACUAUUGAGAAUGUCAAAGCUAAGAUCCAAGAUAAGGAAGGAAUCCCUCCAGACCAGCAGAGAUUGAUCUUCGCUGGAAAACAAUUAGAAGAUGGUAGAACCUUGUCAGACUACAACAUUCAAAAGGAAUCAACUUUGCAUUUAGUUCUCCGUCUUAGAGGAGGAAUGCAAAUUUUUGUCAAGACUCUGACUGGAAAGACUAUUACCUUAGAGGUUGAAGCUUCUGAUACGAUUGAAAAUGUCAAAGCUAAAAUUCAAGAUAAGGAAGGAAUCCCUCCAGACCAGCAAAGAUUGAUUUUCGCUGGUAAACAAUUGGAAGAUGGUAGAACUUUGUCUGAUUAUAAUAUUCAGAAAGAAUCAACUUUGCAUUUAGUUCUCCGUCUUAGAGGAGGUAUGCAAAUUUUUGUUAAAACUUUAACUGGAAAGACGAUCACUUUGGAAGUUGAAGCUUCUGACACUAUUGAGAAUGUCAAAGCUAAGAUUCAAGAUAAGGAGGGAAUCCCUCCAGAUCAGCAGAGAUUGAUCUUCGCCGGAAAGCAGUUGGAAGAUGGACGUACUCUUUCUGACUACAACAUCCAGAAGGAGUCGACCCUCCACUUGGUGCUUCGUCUAAGAGGAGGAAUGCAGAUCUUUGUUAAAACUUUGACUGGAAAGACCAUCACUCUAGAAGUUGAAGCUUCUGACACUAUUGAAAAUGUCAAAGCUAAAAUUCAGGACAAAGAAGGAAUUCCACCAGACCAGCAGAGGUUGAUCUUCGCUGGUAAGCAAUUGGAAGAUGGCAGAACCUUGUCGGACUACAACAUCCAAAAGGAGUCUACUCUUCACUUGGUGCUCCGUCUUAGAGGUGGAAUGCAAAUUUUUGUUAAAACUUUGACUGGAAAGACCAUCACUCUAGAAGUUGAAGCUUCGGACACUAUCGAGAAUGUCAAAGCUAAGAUUCAAGAUAAGGAGGGAAUCCCUCCAGAUCAGCAGAGAUUGAUCUUUGCCGGAAAGCAGUUGGAAGAUGGACGUACUCUUUCUGACUACAACAUCCAGAAGGAGUCGACCCUCCACUUGGUGCUUCGUCUUAGAGGAGGCAUGCAGAUCUUUGUCAAGACUUUGACUGGAAAGACCAUCACUUUGGAAGUUGAAGCUUCUGACACGAUUGAAAAUGUCAAGGCUAAAAUCCAAGAUAAGGAAGGAAUCCCACCAGACCAACAGAGGUUGAUCUUCGCUGGUAAGCAAUUGGAAGAUGGCAGAACCUUGUCGGACUACAACAUCCAAAAGGAGUCUACUCUUCACUUGGUGCUCCGUCUUAGAGGUGGAAUGCAAAUUUUUGUUAAAACUUUGACUGGAAAGACCAUCACUCUAGAAGUUGAAGCUUCGGACACUAUCGAGAAUGUCAAAGCUAAGAUUCAAGAUAAGGAGGGAAUCCCUCCUGAUCAGCAGAGGUUGAUCUUCGCUGGAAAACAAUUAGAAGAUGGUCGUACUCUUUCUGAUUAUAAUAUCCAGAAAGAAUCAACUUUGCAUUUAGUUCUUCGUCUGAGAGGAGGAAUGCAGAUCUUUGUCAAGACUCUAACUGGAAAAACUAUUACUUUAGAGGUUGAAGCUUCUGAUACCAUUGAGAAUGUUAAAGCCAAAAUUCAGGACAAGGAGGGAAUCCCUCCAGACCAGCAGAGAUUGAUCUUCGCUGGAAAGCAGUUGGAAGAUGGGCGUACUUUGUCUGAUUAUAAUAUCCAGAAGGAGUCUACUCUUCACCUGGUGCUUCGUCUUAGAGGAGGCAUGCAGAUCUUUGUCAAGACUUUGACUGGAAAGACCAUCACUUUGGAAGUUGAAGCUUCUGACACGAUUGAAAAUGUCAAGGCUAAAAUCCAAGAUAAGGAAGGAAUCCCACCAGACCAGCAGAGGUUGAUCUUCGCUGGUAAGCAAUUGGAAGAUGGCAGAACCUUGUCGGAUUACAACAUCCAAAAAGAGUCUACUCUUCAUUUAGUACUUCGUCUUCGUGGAGGUCAAUAAACACAAAGUAUUUAAAAUACUAAGCAAAAAAACAAGUCAAAUUUAUGUAAUUCCAUUUUUUAUUUCUUAAAAUAAACUAAAUUUCUUUUAUUUAAA